AUGGAAAGGAGGGCAUCCGCGCAUCACCUUGGGUAUAUUCAACUUUCAUUUUGUUUACUUAAAGCAUCACAUAACGAAGAAGAUGGCCAUCACGGUGACAAUGCGUCAACUUACCAUACCGUUGAAGAUGAUGAAAAAGAACAAACAGAACAAUUACGUCCCGCUCACAGAAACAAAGGUCAAAUAUUAUUUAAAGAAUGUAAAAUUGAAUUAGAACUGAUAAAAUUAAAAGAAUAUUGGAAUACUAAAAUUUAUGGAACAAUUCAAGUUCAUCCAAGAGAGGCACAAGAAUUUGUUAAACAUUUUAAGUUAUACGUUGAUAAUACACCGCGUGUUGAUAUUAAUUCAACGUAUUCAAAAUUUUCAGCAUCUGGAUUUUUACCAAAUAAAAAAUAUACGAUUUAUCUUGAAGCACAGCCAAAAGAUGAAAUUAACUAUGAAGGAGAAAACAAGAAUUCGAAUGCAGAAGUAAGACUUUAG